AUGCAUCCAGCUCUACUGAUCAUCCUCGUGGUGCUCUUCUCUACCCUGCUCUCAAGCAUCGGUCACGCCCGUCUAUCCACGCUCAUCCUCCCCAUCUGGCUACGUCUCACUUCCGCCUCGACAUUAGCCGCGAAUCAAAGGGCAAAAAAGGAGUUGUUGCAGAACAGGUUAUUGCUUGGACAGACUUCGGCUCAGGAUGAUUUUAGCAAAUGGGCAAAGAUCAGGAGAAAGGUGGACAAGCUGACUCAGGAGAUCGAGGGCAGUAGUGAGUGGCUUUGAGAGGUGCAAAGUUGGCCGCAGGCUCCUGGCAAUACUUUUCCAAGAGCUGGUGUAAAAAUGCCAGCAUGACCGUAGUGCAUCUGAUGGACAUUGCUGGCAAAUGCGCUGGAUCUAGGGUAUAGCAAUACAUACUGCAGCUGCGAGCGGUAACAUGUUUUGCUCCCGAGAGCCUGUCUCCUUCAACAGGCGCGGCACCGCCCUCGGCACAGGCAGCGCAGACAUGGCAGCUAACGCAAUCACCUGCUGACUCAAGACCGUCGCGCCUUUGUUCCGCAGAUGCAAAGCUUCAGUCUGCUCAAUCAACCUUGACGCUGCUCGUUCGAGCAGGUCUGAUUGUGCUCACCACAGUGAUGCCCUUCCUUGUCACUUCCUACCACUCCAAGACGCCCAUGUUCUUCCUUCCUCCCGCUGCGGCCGGCACGAGGGAAGGAAGCACCUGGUUCGGACCUAUCGGAUGGGCUCUGAGUCUGGCUGCUGCGCCCGCUGGUAAGUGUUGGGAAGGCGUACUGUCAAAGAAAAAGCACCUGUGCCAUGCUGACUUUGUCAUAACCCUCCAACGCCACCCAGGAUCGGUUUCGGCAGGUGCUUGGUCCGCAGUGGUCACUCGAGUGCUCACUCUGCUCAUCUCGGGCGUAAAAGAUGUGAUGCCCUCGGCCUCAUCGGACACGAAGAGCGCACAGCCGACAGAGAGGCAAUCUCAGACAGAAGCGAAAAAGAGCGCCAGCAUUGAAUCUGUAAAGGAGAAGUCUUCGUGA